AUGAGUACCAGUCGAAGCAACAGCACCUCGGCAACGUCACCGGCAUCGUCAUCAUCGUCGUCUUCGUCGAUGGUGGCCCCGGCGGUGACCACCACCAGUCAGGACUCGGCAAUGAACUCGUUCAUACAGGAGUUGCGCAACCUGAGCAGUUCCAGUAGUGCCAGCAGCAACAGCAGCUUCGAUUCGGGCUUUUCCGCAUCUUUCACCGGAGGGGACUCCAACGGCGGUAGUGGCCGGGCCACUGCCACCAACAGCAACCAUCAACAGCCGAACAUCAUCUGGGGUAACAAGUCACUCUGGGGUCGACCACCUCCGAGCCCGUCACCUGCAGCGAAGACAGCAACAUCUACGGUGAUUUCCGCGACAGAAUCGACAAAUAUCAACAACCUCAGCAACAGUAUGUACGCUACUAAAGAACCCCAAUCCUCGUGGAACUCGACGGUCAGUCCGUCCGUUCCAUCCCAGUCCCAAUCUCAAUCCCAAUCCCAAUCCCCCCACUUCCCACAAAGUAUUUGGGAGAACUCAACUACGAAUGCAAACGAAUCGAUGGCACUGUCCGGUACCGCCGGGUCAACAUCCCUCGGUUCCAUCUGGAUGAUACCGGACGGAACGUCCCGAAGCGUUUGGGGCGAACCUCCGGUUAAGCCAAAUUCCCAGCUGUUGCGACCGACCGAAAUCGGUGCCACCGUCGGUGGUGCUGGCAGUAGUAACAGUAGCACCAGCACCAGCAACAGCGGAUGUGGCAGCAAACUUAGCUCCCUGUGGGCACCGAGCGCAGUCAGUACCCCGCCGCCGCCGCCACCAUCGCAGCAGCAGGGUCUGGCUGGGUCCGGAAAUGUUUUGAAAUCGCUCCGACUGGCCGGCACGGUGGGUGCCGGUGGUGGAUCCAGCUCCAGCUUCGGUCUCGGUGGUCUGACCACGACGCCGACUGCCGGAACGAACGGUGGACCAUCCGCUUCUGCCACCGCCGCCACCACCACCGCAGCAGCCAGCCUGCAGCUGUUUUCGGACGAAUUUCUCAGUUAUCUAAAUAUCAACAAUUAG